AAAAAUAAAAAAUGAAAAAACAAUUCAACAAACACAAGUUCCUGGUGUAAAAAAAAGAGCAAAAAAGUGCACUCGUUACGAAGAGAGGCGGGGUGAAUGAUUAACUAAACGCUCUUGAUUAAAUACGCGAUUCGAAGAGCAGCAACGCAAGAGAGCGCGACGAAGUCUCUUCAUUAUAAAUUUAUGGUUUGUUUUCGUCAAGCAGCCGCAGCAGCAGCCAACAACAAACAAAAGCCGAAGAGAGGGGAAUAUAUCACGACAUAACCAAAUACGCAAUUUGUGAAUAAUUUAAUCGUGCAUUCACACGAAGACGCAAACAACAGCGAGCAACGGUUAAGGCCUAUCUCCCUCUCUCUCUUUCGCUCUCUCGCUGAGUGAGUGAGCGUCAGUGAGCGUCAGUCGAAGAGUUGAAGCUUUAAAGAACACAGGGCAAAAGAAAGACUAAAGCGACGCUACUAGACGCUAGCGUUUUGCGUUUGAAGAGCUUACACAAACCCUUGAUGUUUGCGCGUAGUGGUAUUAGUGCUGCGCCCAAUAGUGGCAGUGGCAGAGGCAGUGCUGAUGACGGGGGUGGUGGCGGUGGCGGUGGCGUCGGCAGUGGAGGUGGUGGCGGAGUCGCUGCUGGCAGUAUUGAGUUGCUGUGUCCACCCAGCGGCAGCAGCAGCAUUAGCGGUAGCGGAAGUUUCAGCAGCAGCGGCGCCAGUACAACGGCAACUAACAGCACCAGCGUCAGUGUAGGUGCGUUGACGCCAGCCGCUGCUGCCGACUUGUUGGACGACAGCGCAGAGAACAACAACAAUGCGAAUGCCAAUCGAAAUUUGAGCUUACAGCUGAGCAAUACCAGCAGCAACAGCAGCAACAACAACAAUGUGAACAACAAUAAUAGCCACAGUAAUGGUAACGGCAGCAGCGGCGGUGGCAGCGGCAGCACAAAUCUAAUCAGUGGCAUCUGUAGCAGCAUUUGGCGCACAGCGACCUUUGGCAGCGCAGCGCCCAUCGCCAGCAUUAUGACUGUUAACAGUAACAGUAACAGUAACAGCAGCAGCAGCAGUAGCAGUAGCAGCAGCAGCAGCAGCAGCAGCAGCAGCAGCAAUAGCGGCAGUGGCAGUGGCACCUGCAGCGGCGUCAGCGCCAGCUACUCAUCCAGCGCCUCCUCAAUUUCGCCAGCAGCAGAUGAAGCGUGCGUUGUAGAGCAGCAGCAGCAACAGCAGCGCACACAAAUGCAAAUGCAGCUCGGUGUGGAACAGGACGAGCCCCAAACAUUCCUAGGCGCCACCGAAGUGGACGAUGAGCUAAUCAAACAACUGCCAAAGGAGGUAUUGCUGCGCGUUUUCUCCUACCUGGAUGUCGUCUCAUUAUGCCGCUGUGCCCAGGUGUGCAAAUAUUGGAAUGUGCUCGCCUUAGACGGUUCCAGCUGGCAGAAAAUCAAUUUGUUCGAUUUCCAACGUGAUAUCGAGGGUCCGGUGAUCGAGAAUAUAUCGCAACGAUGCGGCGGCUUUCUCAAAUCCCUAUCGCUACGUGGUUGCCAAUUCGUGGGAGAUCAGUCCAUAAAAACUCUAGCAAAUCACUGCCACAACAUCGAACACCUGGAUCUGUCGAAGUGCAAGGAGAUCACAGACAACGCGGUCGCAGAAAUAAGCAGAUACUGCAGCAAACUGACUGCAAUCAACUUGGACUCCUGCUCGAACAUAACAGAUAAUAGCCUCAAAUAUAUAUCGGAUGGCUGUCCGAAUCUGCUGGAGAUCAAUGUGUCCUGGUGCCAUUUGGUGUCCGAGAAUGGAAUCGAGGCGCUGGCACGCGGUUGUGUCAAACUGCGAAAGUUCAGCAGCAAAGGUUGUAAACAAAUAAACGACAAUGCCAUCACGUGCCUGGCCAAAUACUGUCCCGAUCUAAUGGUGCUAAAUCUACACAGCUGCGAGACCAUCAGCGACACGUCCAUACGGCAGUUGGCCGCGUGCUGCCCUCGACUGCAGAAGCUGUGCGUGUCCAAGUGUGUGGAACUAACUGAUCUCUCGCUGAUGGCCUUGUCGCAGCACAACCAACAGUUGAACACCUUGGAGGUGUCGGGCUGUCGCAAUUUUACGGACAUUGGCUUUCAGGCGCUGGGCCGUAACUGCAAGUACCUGGAGCGCAUGGAUCUGGAGGAGUGUAGCCAGAUAACGGAUCUGACGCUGGCUCACCUGGCCACCGGCUGUCCCAGUCUUGAGAAGCUGACGCUGUCGCACUGCGAACUGAUUACGGACGAUGGCAUACGGCAUUUGACCACGGGCAGCUGUGCAGCUGAGAGUCUAUCGGUGCUAGAGCUGGACAAUUGUCCAUUGAUCACGGAUCGAACGCUGGAGCAUUUAGUGUCGUGCCACAAUUUGCAGCGCAUCGAGCUCUUUGACUGCCAGCUCAUUUCACGCGCGGCCAUACGCAAGCUGAAGAAUCAUCUACCAAAUAUCAAGGUGCACGCCUAUUUUGCACCUGUCACACCGCCCGCUGUGACAACGGGGCAUCGUCCAAGAUAUUGUCGCUGCUGUGAGAUUCUCUGAGAUACGGCCAUUGGCUUUGCCAGAAGGAUAAUGCGCAAAUCUGCCACGGACUGAUGUUGGCCUGUUUGCAUCAUCCUGAUUGCCAUGCUCCUAAGCCUGAUGCUCAUUGCGAUGUUGUAUUAUCUCAAAUUGCUUGAAGGCGACGACUAUUGAACGAUGGACGAUAGACGGUGGAUGGUGGAUGCUGGAUGGUGGAUGCUGGAAUACUGGAAUACUGGAAUGAUGGAUGAUAUGUGCAGGAAGCAAAGCAAAACACAGCUACGCUCACACAUAAACACCUACACACCCACAAACACACACACACACACCGAUAGAAACUGUGUAUAACUAAAGCAAGAUUCUAAUAACUCGAUAUUUAAGCAUUCGAAACACACAAAAAUUGUAACGAAAUUCGUUUUACUAAAACGAAUCGAAGCAAAACACUUUUAAUAGUCUUUAGUUUUAUUAUUUCGAAAGAGUUUCUAAAACUCUGUCCUUCAAACAUGUAAAAUUGUGAUUAUUUUAUUUAAUACGCUAAGCUGUUAUGUUAACUGGAUAACGUUUAAUGAUUUUUGUGUGUAUUAUUAGCUAUUAUUAUUUGUAAUGUUUUCGUAUUUGUUUCAUUUAUCUUAUACGUAUUUUCUGUUUUACAUCUAAGAAUAAUUGUCAAUCAAAUUAGCUAAACAUGUUUUGCUUUUGCAUGUAGAUAUACGUACAUAUAUAUACGUAUAUGUAUGUAUACAUAUAUUUUCACUUGAAUAUUUUCUAUAAUUUCAAACACACACACACGCUCACACAAGCAUACACAUACAACUUGCUUGCAUGCUGUUUAGGUGUUGAUAAAAUUAUGAUUUUAUGAUUAGUGAGAGCAAAUGCAUAUAAUAACUAAUAUAUGUGUAUAUGUAUAUAUAUAUACAUAACUGA